CCCUUUUGUCUAAAUGGUUCCAUAAAGAACCUUUAAUAUUUGAACAAUCUUUCUGUGUCUCAAAAGGUUCUUUGUGGCUAAAGAAGGUUCUUAAGAUUAUAAAAAGGUUAGAAAGAGAUGGCUCUUUUUCAUAGACCCUUUGACUGAAUGGUUCUUCUAUGGCACCGCUGUGAGGAACCUUUUAAGCUCCUUUAUUUUAAAUAGUGUACCAACUUCAACUUUUCUCCACGUUACAUGAAAUCUUGCAAGAAGAACAGCCCACAUGCACUGACAAAUAAACCGCUCUGCCUUGAUUUUAGGUGAUUUGACUUCAUUAAUUACCAAGAUGGCUUAAGCUGAUUAGAAAUCUGGAUGGAGGAAGUGUGCUUGUUGGGGAUCAGUCUCCACCCCUCUCAGCUCUUACCAUCUGGAGGUAAUCCUGAAGAGGCGAAGGCAGCAGACCGAAGCGCCCAGUUCAUCCCCAGACCCCAAACCCUGUACAUGGUCCCCUAAAGUGCAGAGAGCGACCCGUUCCCUCCAUUGGCUGCCCCACUGAACAAUAGGGCAAGAUGGCACGGGAUAUGUCCGAUAAGGAAAUCCUUAAAAUGGAGUUGGAACAACUCCAGAAGGAGGUGAAGAACACUAGAGAGCCUGUUUCUAAAACUGCAAAGGAGAUUUGUGAGUGGGUAGAGGCCCAAUCUGCAGAAGAUCCUCUCAUAAAAGGAGUUCCUGAAGACAAAAACCCCUUCAAGGAGAAGGGUGGCUGCAUAAUAACUUAGCACAUGUGAUUUCUUGUGGCAAAAUUAUAUGAGGAUGUUUUAGUUUGUGCAAAUGAGCUGUUUAGCAGUCUGUUAUCCAAACCUCAAUGAGGAGUGAGCACAUUGUGCUUAGCAUUGGCAUCUCCACUAGACACCAUAUACACGGCAAGACUUGAACAAAUACUUGACCUUACAGAGUCAAAAACAUAUUGGUUUUAGCUGUGUGUAAGCGAUCUACUCUUAUACUGAUCAAAGGCAGCCCACUUGAAGCUAACUCUUUGUAAAUAAAACAAGUAACUUCGUAACUGAACUACUGUAAAUCCAUUCUUGUUCCAUCUCCCAUCAUUCCAUUUUCAAAAAAAUAAAGUCGCAUUCAGAAAGCACACACAAAAAUGA